AUGCCGAAGUGUAAGGAGAAUAUUACUGCAAAGAAAAGACCGGGAGUUAGCUGUGUAUCGUGUAAGAAAGUUUACCAUCACAACUGUGCGAGUCUAUCUACAGAGUGCAUCAAACAUAUCAGCACAGAUCAGCUGUCGUGGUCCUGCAAAAAGUGCAACAAUCCAAGCAGAAGAUCUUCAGUUUUUCCCAGUGGUGCAAUAACAGAUUCAAGCAGUUCCAGCUCUUCUUCACCAACUACAAACAACACUAUUGAAAGAUUGAUCAAAGAGUUUGAGGAUUUUAAAAUUCUGACUGAUAAUCGAAUCAAAGCAUUGGAAGAUUUACUGACUGAAAAAGAUAAACAAUUAUCAACUUUAGCAUCAUCAGUUCAUAAAAACGAAUCAAAAACAAGCGAAUUGGACAAAGUUCUCAGCGAAGAUAAGUUAGAAAUUCAAGGUAUUCCUGAGGCAUCACUCGAUAAUCCGAUCGAAGCAUUUAAUUCUGUUGCUAGCGCCAUCGAGUCUCCAACUAGAGCUUCUGAAGUUGAUUGUUUUAUAUCAAGUUGUGGAACAAAACCAACUUUAAGAAUAAAAUUUCAUCAGACACAAACUCGUUCUUCCUUUCUUUCUGCUGGUGGAGUUUGUAUUGCUGUCAUAAAAUCACAAGCUUAUGCAGUUAUUCAUCAAAUUGAGUGGCAGACAAAGGAAGUGGAAGAUCUGUGGAUAACAAUAAAGCCACAUAGGAUGAAUGAGAAAACUUUACACAUUAACAUUGUUUACAUACCGGGAGAAACACACAACAAUCAUUUUGAGACUUUCACAAAACAAAUUACAAAUAAGAAGCUUGAAAACCCUGAUGAUAACUUCCUUAUUCUUGGUGAUUAUAAUGUUCCUUCUAUGUACUCCAACAACACUCUGUGCACAUCAACGAAAGCUUCAAUGUUACAAGAGUUUAUGGAUCUCACAAAUCUUGAACAGUUUAACUUUAUACGUGGAAAGCAUUCAAGCAACAAUAUUUUGGACUUGGUAUUUUCUGAUCUUCCAGUUAAAGUCGAAGAAUGUGAUGAACCUUUAAGCAGAACUGAUAUUUUUCAUCCUCCAAUAGUUGGUACACUCUCCUUAAAGUUACCUAAAGCUGCGAAAAAGGUGUCUUCUUAUCGAAACUACAAACGAGUUAAUUGGAACGACUUGAAUAAUGAUCUUCGAGUAAUAAAUUGGCCUCAUGCAUUCGCUGGUUUUGUGAAUGUUGACGAGCUUGUGGAUCGUUUCUAUAAAACUUUGUUUGACAUUCUAGAUAAACAUUGUCCGGAAGUGAAAUCAAAAGCCAAGAAUAAUCCAAGCUGGUUGUCCAAAAACACUGUUAAACUGAUCAAAUUUAAGAGAAGGUUUCACAGCAAAUGGAAAAGAUCAAACAACAUAACCGACUAUAACGAGUACAGUAAAUAUCGAAAAAUGGCAAAGGAAGAAGCAUCAAAAGAUUUCAAAGUUUUUAAUCAAGAAGCUGAACAAAAUAUUAAAGAAAAUCCAAAAGCUUUUUGGAAAUUUGUUAAUGAAAAGAAGACAAAUGGUGCUGGAGUUGCUGAGUAUCUGAAAUUGGACGACAAAGUAGCAUACAACAAGCAAGACGCUGCUAAUUUAUUCGCAUCUCACUUCAGCAGUGUGUAUGAAAUGGAUGAUGAUCCAAGUGAUCCCCAUGAACGUCCAUGUGAUGAGAAUGACGCAAAUCAUGACGCACAUUUCGUCAUCAUCUCCAAUUUAAUCGACAACAGCCAACAAGAAGCAACGAAAUUUUCAGAACUGCAGCAAGCAAAACAGACGUCGGAAAGUUUUCCAUUUUCAAUAGACUCAUGGCAAGAUACAAUCAAAUCUUCGAUGACAUCAAUUUCCUGA